AUGAAAGUGGGCUCUUCCUCUUCGAUUCAAGCAAGUCGACCAUUGAAUCUAUUAAACGGGGCCGCUUCUUCCCCCUCCGCAGGAAGACUUCCUUCUUUCCCUUGCCUGGCUGGUUAUCUCAAACCGGCAUUCGAACCCACAAAGCCUAGCCGCACCGCCAUUGUGCUAUUAGCCCUACGCCUAGAAAGCCUCAGUUACAGACUGAACUUACCUAUAGGAGGAGGUUUGAUUCCAUUGCCAUUUACUGUUCCAUGCGAUCUUUACACCGACACCCCCAUCUAUCCAAGCCUAGUAAAAGGAGAAUCAGCUGAAAGAAGAGAGAGCCCCCUUCCCGUUGUUGUCUCUAACUAA